AUGAGCGUCUUCGGGGAUUUUCAGCGUGUGUGGGUGCAACGUUUUCCAGAGAGUGCUUUACCAGCCGCUUGGGAGGAGGAUGUCAGGGCCAAUUUGGCUAAACAUAAACAGAAAGUGGCUAUCCUUAGGGAGGAGUUGGAAAAGGAGGAGUUCUACGUAGAGUAUUUGGAGACUUUACUGUCUGAUGUAGAGAAACAUAAAGCUUCCCAGGGAGGUAGAUCGGCGCCGCCCUUAGGGGUUGACACGAAUGACGAUAAGACAUCUGAUAGGAAACAGGAUUCUAACACUGAUUCCUUAUCAAAGAAAAGUGAAACUAGCCUUAAAAGUGAUGACUCAACAGAAGCUCCCGAAAUUGAAGAAGUACACCUUAGAAAUAAGCCAGUACUGUUUGCUGAAAGAAGUUCAGUAAAUCAAUGUAUAAAUGAAUUAUCCUCUAAUUUAGCCGCCGAGGCUGCCCGAAGACGCUGCAACAGUGAAGUUGUACAACGAACUGAUAAAGAUACUAAUAUAGAUAUAGAAUCAACUAAUAAAACUCCAGUUAAAAACCGUCCAGCAUCACAAGCAGGUGAUUUUGUAACAGUUAUUGAGGUGAAUGGUCUAAAAGCAGCAGAAAAAGCUGCAAAGAAAUCUGAUGAAUCACCACAGUCUUCGGAGAGCAGUUCUACUGAAGCAAGUGCUCCCAAUAAGAAAAAAGUGCCACCAAAACCACCACCAAAAGUGUUCAACAAACGGGGAGCAUCUCUCCCAGAGACUGGCGUGGCGGAGGAUAGUCCGCCGUCCUCGCUUGGACGCAGACUGCGCAACGCGGAGUCGCGGGAAUCUAUCGCCAGUAGAGCUUCUACACCGUCAAUUAGUGAAAGGGUGAAAAGUUACGAAUCAAUAAACUCGUUGUCAUCUGAACGCAAGCGGUCGGGCGGCGCGGCCACGCCUCGGUCCAUAGACGAGGAGGUGACGUCGACGACCCCGGAGCUGCCCGAGGCGUCGGACAAGUCGGCGCCCGCCUCCCUCGAGAGCAUCCCCGCGGUCGUGCCGGCCGCUGACGACGAGCACUAUUACGACCAAGUCCCAGUGGAUAUAAAUGAUGGCGAAUAUGUUUAUAUACAAGCAGGGGGUGCAGGCUCGAGCACGGAGGAGGGCUCGAGCGGCACGAGCACGCUGCCGCUGAGCGCGCCCGCGUCCGCGCCGCCCGCGCCCGACUCCCCGCUCUGCGCCACCGCGCCCAACUACGUCAACAUACAUUAUUUUAUACAGCAAGCAGUUGAAGGUACAGAGCCCAGCGAAACAAGUUCAGAAUUGGCAGACUCAAGUGACACUCCUCUUCUAUUGAGAACAAUUUCCUCAGACACCGAGGCCAGCGCUACACCUCCAGUACUAAAGAAACUACAGCAUCAGGUUUGUUUA